AUGGAGACAUUAAAACUAAAAGACCUCAGGGCAAAAAACUAUAUUUUUCAAGCAAUCGAUCGCUCAAUCUUGGAGAUAGUUCUCUGCAAAGACACCUCUAAGCAAAUUUGGGACUCCAUGAAGAAAAAAUAUCAAGGUUCGGUAAGAGCUAAGAGGCAACAACUUCAAGCACUUUGUACGGAGUUUGAAACGCUUCGAAUGAAGUCUAGUGAAUCAGUUACAGAUUACUUCUCACGAGUUAUGUCGAUUGCUAAUAAGAUGCGAAUCCAUGGUGACAAGUCAGAAGAUGUCACCAUUGUUGAGAAGAUACUCCGAUCCAUGACACCGAAAUUCAAUUUCGUUGUUUGUUCUAUAGAGGAGUCAAAGGAUAUUGAUGAACUCUCACUUGAUGAAUUGCAAAGUAGCUUAUUGGUUCAUGAGCAAAAAUUAACUCAACAAGAGAUGAAGGAGUAA